AUGUCAUCACUUAAACCGUUUAAUUUAUCAAAAACUCGGUUAACUAAAAAGUUUUGCCUUAAGACAAUAGAGCCCGAAAAGAAGCCCUACUGUAACAAUUGCACAUUCCUAGUGGAAAUAUGCAUGAAACUGAACUAUACGUCCAAACCAGAAUGUGUCCCAGUCAAAGAUAUCGCCGAUCUAACGGGAUGUGGAGGAUUAUGUCAAAUAAAUACCCAAUUUUGCCAAAUCUUAAGCCAAAAAUACAAAGUUUUUCAGUGCUCCCCCCGAAAGACUGUUCUGAAUUGUAAUAAUAAUCAGUUUAAUUGUGGAAAUAUGUGUAUAAGCGACGAGAAAAGUUGUGAUGGAAAGCUGGACUGUUCAAAUGGAUCAGACGAAGAAAAUUGUGCUUUUUAG